AGGCUUGGCUGAAACAGACCCAGAGGCAGCACUUGAGGGAUUUGCUGAAGUAGUUCAUAUGGAACCUGAGAAGGCUGAUUGAUGGCUGUGUAUUUGUGAGAUUUGUGAGGCCGGAGACUGAUGUGAUAGAUCUGUCCAUUCGAAGUUCAGGGUCAUUAAGAACUGCAUGUUCUCAUUGCAGUUAAUUUUCUGUCUCAAGUAAACUACUACAACCUUGUAUUAAUUGACAUGCAGCCUGAGAAACAAGCUGAGGAUGAAUUAUGAGAAACUGCAAGUUGAGAUAGAUUGUGUUUUCUUCAUUAUGCAAAUGCAUGUGUGGAACAUGUGGGAGAAGAUCCUGAUAGUUUAUUGAACUUUAUCAUUCUUACAGCCUGUGGAAAAAAAUGUUAACCUUCCAAGUGCAGAUAAUUGUUUGACAAGAACUGGAAAUGUUUGUCAGGGGAUUUAAAGCUUUGAAGCAAACUGUUAAGCUUUACUAUAAGCUAGGGAAGUACAAGGAAAUGAUGGAUGCUUACAGAGAAAUGCUAACCUACAUCAAGUCAGCAGUGACAAGAAAUUAUAGCGAAAAGUGUAUAAACAAUAUCAUGGAUUUCGUCUCAGGAUCAGCUAGUCAGAACUUUGAUCUCCUACAAGAGUUCUACCAGACAACAUUGAAAGCCCUUGAAGAGGCAAAAAACGAGAGGUUGUGGUUCAAGACAAAUCUAAAACUUUGCAAAAUAUGGUUUGACAUUUGGGAGUAUGGACGAAUGAAUAAGAUUUUGAAACAACUCCACAAAUCUUGUCAAAAAGAAGAUGGUACUGCUGACCAGAAGAAAGGUACACAAUUGUUGGAGGUAUAUGCAAUAGAGAUCCAAAUGUACACGGAGACGAAAAAUAACAAAAAACUGAAGGAACUAUACACUAAAGCACUUUCAGUCAAGUCAGCAAUCCCUCACCCUAGAAUAAUGGGAAUAAUUCGUGAAUGUGGAGGAAAAAUGCAUAUGGCAGAGCGGCAGUGGGCAGAGGCAGCUACAGACUUCUUUGAAGCUUUCAAGAACUAUGAUGAAGCUGGGAAUCAGAGGCGCAUUCAGUGUCUAAAGUACUUGGUUCUGGCAAAUAUGCUGAUGGAGUCUGAGGUUAACCCCUUUGAUGGCCAAGAAGCAAAACCGUACAAAAAUGACCCUGAGAUACUGGCAAUGACUAACCUUAUAGCAGCAUAUCAACGAAAUGAGAUCUUAGAGUUUGAGAAAAUUCUUAAGAGUAAUAGAAGAACAAUAAUGGAUGAUCCCUUCAUCAGAAAUUACAUUGAAGAUCUUUUAAGAAAUGUCAGAACCCAAGUGCUGCUGAAGAUCAUUAAGCCUUACACAAGAAUCCGGAUUCCCUUCAUUUCCAAGGAGCUUAAUGUGCCAGAAAAUGACGUCGAGGAGUUGUUGGUCUCACUCAUCUUGGACAACCGUAUCCAUGGGCACAUUGAUCAAGUGAACCGGUUGCUAGAAUGUGGAGAUAGAUCGAAAGAAAUGAAGAAAUACGCUGCCAUCGACAAAUGGAACACACAACUUAGGUCUUUGUACCAAACUGUUGGCAACAGAGUAUGUUGAUAUUACCUGGACAUGAAAAAAAGCUGAGUGUGAUUAUAUUUAUGGACUCAUUAUUUAGCUCCUCUGUUCAACAUGUAGAUUUUUUGUACAAAAUUCGAUAUUUCUCUGUUUAAGUAGCAAGAGCUUCUAUCUGAUUUAUGUUA